UGUCAAUAGUGCUGAAAUGUUGGUGAAAGCAGUAGAACUAUCCGUUUUGGCCGUAUUUACACAAUUACUGAGUAACUAGUGUCACCCGAACAAGCGCCAUGUAUUCAUAAGCACCUUCCGCGCACCUGCCAAUUUGAAUUUAAAGCGGCCACGGAGCAGAAGCGCCGCAUUUCCUCGCCGAGCGUUCCGCGGAGUCGUCGGAUUGGAUUGGAUCGGAUUGGAUUGGUGACUAAAACAGUCGGACAACGGCAUACAGCAGCGGCUUGAUUAGUUGGCAGUAAACAGAGCUAGCGAUCGCACCGGUCAUUCACACCGCUCCGCACCGUUUUGGCCAAAAACAGUUCCAGUACCAGUAUUGGUGACCUAUAAGCCACAUUAAUGGGUCUCCGGUUCCAGCAACUGAAGAAGCUAUGGCUGCUCUACCUCUUCCUGCUCUUCUUCGCGUUCUUCAUGUUCGCCAUCAGCAUCAACCUGUACGUGGCCAGCAUCCAAGGCGGCGAGGCGGAGAUGCGUCAUCCGAAACCCCCGCCCAAGCGCCGCUCCCUCUGGCCGCACAAAAACAUCGUGGCCCACUACAUAGGCAAGGGCGACAUCUUUGGCAACAUGACAGCAGACGAUUACAACAUCAACCUGUUCCAGCCCAUCAAUGGAGAAGGUGCCGAUGGGCGACCAGUUGUGGUGCCCCCUCGAGAUCGCUUUCGCAUGCAGCGCUUUUUCCGACUAAACAGCUUUAACCUGCUGGCCAGUGACCGCAUCCCACUGAACCGCACCCUCAAGGACUAUCGCACACCUGAAUGUCGUGACAAGAAGUAUGCCAGCGGUCUUCCCAGCACGUCCGUGAUAAUAGUUUUCCACAACGAGGCCUGGUCCGUGCUCCUGCGUACUAUCACCAGCGUCAUCAACCGAUCGCCGCGCCACCUGCUCAAGGAAAUUAUUCUGGUUGAUGAUGCCAGCGAUCGCUCAUAUUUAAAACGUCAACUAGAGAGCUACGUGAAAGUGCUGGCGGUGCCCACGAGGAUCUUUCGCAUGAAGAAGCGCAGUGGCCUGGUGCCUGCCCGUCUUUUAGGAGCUGAAAAUGCUCGCGGCGAUGUGCUGACCUUCCUCGACGCCCACUGCGAGUGCUCGCGAGGAUGGCUGGAGCCACUUCUUUCCCGCAUCAAGGAAUCACGCAAGGUUGUUAUCUGUCCGGUAAUCGACAUAAUUUCCGAUGACAACUUUAGCUACACGAAAACCUUUGAGAAUCACUGGGGCGCUUUCAACUGGCAGCUAAGCUUCCGUUGGUUCUCCUCUGACCGUAAACGCCGUACAGCGGACAACAGCUCCAAGGAUAGCACUGCCCCGAUUGCCACGCCCGGAAUGGCCGGCGGACUGUUUGCCAUCGAUCGCAAGUACUUUUACGAAAUGGGAUCCUACGACAGUAACAUGCGCGUUUGGGGCGGCGAGAACGUGGAAAUGUCCUUUCGCAUUUGGCAGUGUGGCGGUCGUGUAGAGAUUAGUCCCUGCUCCCACGUGGGUCACGUGUUCCGCAGCAGCACGCCCUACACCUUUCCCGGCGGCAUGAGCGAGGUUCUCACGGAUAAUUUGGCCAGAGCCGCCACCGUGUGGAUGGACGAUUGGCAAUACUUUAUAAUGCUGUACACCUCUGGACUGACUCUGGGAGCCAAGGACAAGGUGAAUGUUACCGAGCGAGUGGCGCUCAGGGAGAGGCUGCAGUGCAAACCGUUCUCCUGGUAUCUAGAGAACAUAUGGCCAGAGCACUUCUUUCCUGCUCCCGACCGCUUCUUCGGCAAGAUCAUCUGGCUGGACGGGGAGACCGAGUGCGCCCAGGCCUACAGCAAGCACAUGAAGAACCUACCAGGUCGCGCUUUGUCACGAGAGUGGAAGCGAGCGUUCGAGGAGAUCGAUAGCAAGGCGGAGGAGUUGAUGGCGCUGAUCGAUCUGGAGCGGGACAAGUGCCUUCGCCCUCUCAAAGAGGACGUGCCGCGCUCAUCUCUGUCUGCGGUCACCGUAGGCGAUUGCACAUCUCACGCCCAAUCGAUGGACAUGUUUGUAAUAACUCCGAAGGGCCAGAUCAUGACCAACGACAACGUCUGCCUGACGUACCGACAGCAAAAGCUAGGUGUGAUCAAGAUGCUGAAGAACCGCAACGCCACCACUUCGAAUGUAAUGCUGGCGCAGUGCGCUCCCGACUCCAGUCAGUUGUGGACCUACGACAUGGAUACCCAGCAAAUAUCUCAUAAGGACACAAAGCUCUGCCUAACUCUCAAGGCAGCGACUAACUCACGUCUCCAGAAGGUCGAGAAGGUUGUGCUCAGCAUGGAGUGCGACUUCAAAGACAUUACACAGAAGUGGGGCUUUAUACCGCUGCCAUGGCGCAUGUAGAGAGUAGGAUGCCAUGCCGGUGCCAGGACAUUUAACCCAAUAACCCUGCCAGCAACUUUUUAACGCAAUGUGAUAUUUAUUGAAAUUGUUUUAACGAAGUUCACUCGUUAAUUUGUUUAUGUAAACAGUAACCAACCCACAAGCACACGAACUUCAGACACCUGCAGACCUGCUGUCUAGCAUAGCCUGGUUUCACAUGAGCACUAGCAAAAGUAUGUGUGCCAGUGGAAUCAGGCUUUUCCAAACAAUCGUACACCGAUACAGACCCACAUGAAUUGUUUUAAAACACUAACCGAAUGCGUGGGAGAGCUUUUCUCCCGCCACGCAUUGCGACUCUAUAGAUCUAGAUAGCAUAGUUGAAUGCUAUAUCUACGUCAUAUUUAUUAAGAAGUGUUAGGAAAUUUUUAGCUGUACUUACUAACUUCGACCUUAAUUUUUAUACCACUUGAAUAAAGCAACCGAAUGUAGAAAGCGUC